AUGGCGGACGCCAAGUAUGUGUUCAUGAGGAUCAUAGCCCCGCUGCUGGGCUUCCUCAUCGCGAACGUCAUGUUCUUCUCCGGGGUGCCUGGCUUUCUCGAACGGAAGAGGCUGGGUGAAUUGGGUAACUUCAACCCGCUGCCGUACCCGGUCAUCCUCGCGAACUGCGCGUCCUGGAUCGCGUACUCGCUGUACAUCGACGACUACUUUCUCUUCUUCGCCAACGCGCCGGGGAUGCUCGUCGGCGUGUACUUCACGAUGGUGGGCUACGGACUCUCGCCGUACGGAGGUAAGACGCGCGACGCGAUCGAGAGAUGGACGGUGGGCCUGGUGGGCGCUCUUCUCGCGCUGACGUUGUACGUCGGGCUGGUGGCGAAAAAAGAGAGCGACGAGCACAAGCAGACGACCAUCGGGCUGUUUUGCAACGCGGUGCUGCUCGUGUAUUACGCGUCGCCGCUCACGACCGUCAAGGAGGUGCUCGAGAAGCGCGACGCGUCCUCGCUGUAUUUUCCAAUCUCGUGUGCCAACUUUGUCAAUGGCGCGUCGUGGGCGACGUACGGCUUGGCGCUCAACGAUUGGCUGCUCUUCGCGCCAAACGCGAUGGGCGCGGCGCUCGGCGCGUUGCAGAUGGCGCUGAUUCGCGCGUAUCCGUCCGAAGGCACCCCGGGCGGCGGCGGCGGGAGGGAGAUGAGGCAGACGCCGAGCACGGCUGACUUACUGUCAAACCCAACCGGACCGGGGUUGGUGAACAGUUCGGCGCUGUAG